AUGGCUGGAACAAAUAAUGACAAGAUAGAGCCAACAUUAAAAAAGAAAAUGAUAUCAAAUGAUGAUUUAUAUCGACAUUCAUCUCAAUAUAAUUUUUGGUCAUUUACAGAAGAACAACUAGUGAAUUUAAGAAAACAAACAAAUUUAAAAGGUCAAAAAAUUGCAAAAGAUAAAUUUCAACAAGAAUAUACAAAUUCAAAAUUGUCAAAUCCUGAAAUAUUUGAUAAAUUUCAACAAGAAUUAAAAGAAGAGAAUUUAUUAAAUUUGAUUUCCUAUGAAGAAGAAUUAACAUUUCUUGAUUUUUAUAUUCAAAAUAUUACCACAUCAUGUAAUUUCUUCAAGAUGCCAACCCAAGUUAGAUUAACAGCUUCGUCAUUUUUUAAAAAAUUUUAUUUAAAUAACUCAGUAAUGGAAUAUCAUCCAAAAAAUAUAUUAUAUACUUGUAUUUUCUUAGCUGCUAAAUCUGAAAAUUAUUUUAUAUCAAUUGAAUCAUUUGUUAAACCAUUGAGUAAAAUAGAUUCAGAGCAUAUUUUAGAUUUGGAAUAUAUUGUAUUACAAAGCUUGAAAUUUACAUUAAUGGUUCAUCAUCCAAUACGACCUUUAUAUGGUAUUUUUUUAGAUCUGCAAGCUGAAUUAUUACAUCCACAAAUUAAUCAAGAUAUAAAUAUUGAUAAAUUGGGUGAUUUAUAUAAUCAUGCAAGAGAAUGGUUAAAUAAAUAUUAUAUGAUUAGUGAUGUUGCUUUUUUAUUUACUCCUCCUCAAAUUGCAUUAGCUUCAAUGUAUGAUAUUGAUCAAAAAAUAACCGAAAACUAUUUGAAAAGAAAAUUUUUGAAAAAUGAAAAAUUAACUACCAUAAAAGAAGAACCUGAAAGUACUGAAGAUGUAGGGAGAACUCAAUUGACUACAUUAAUUGAAACAAUUCAAAAAUGUAUAUCAGUUGCAAAGCAAUCUCAUGUUGCUGAUCGUGAAGCAAGUAAAGAAAUUGAUAGAAAAUGUUUUUAUGCUUUAAAUCCGAAAAAUCUAAUAGACAAGAGGAUAAAGAAACUAACUAAUAAUAAAGAAUCAACAUGA